UAUGGAACGCCGUUCUGUCCUGGAUGAGCGGGCAGUGCUGACGGGUGAGAUGACCAACAUCCUGAGCAGACAGCUGAGCGGCGGCUGCCUCAUGUGUCUCGUCUGCAGCUUCACCAUCUUCUCUGCUUCCUGUUGGUGCGAGAGCCGACAGCAGGGUGAAGAACCCAUGAAGAACCCUCCUGUGAAAGCGUUCACCAGGGGAGGGCGGCGGUGAGCCGGAUGCCCAUAUAUGGUCAUCGUGCUCCGCCAGUGACGCCGCUGCGGGCUCAGUGGGCGGGGCUGAGUGAGUCAGCCUGAGCUGCGCUGCUCUCCGUAUAAAGCGCUCAGCGCUGAGAGACCAGCACUAAAGGACUAGAACCUCCCAGCUAGAACAUCCCUCUGGACCUCUUACUGGACACCAGCAUGAGCUUCACGGCGCCGAUUCUCAUUUUCCUCUGCUGGAUCAGCGCAUCUUCAGCUUCAUUGGGCUCUGAUUACCUUCCCAAGGCCAAGGAUGUGACCUGGACGUCACUCAACUUCAAAUCCAUCCUCAAAUGGGGACCCACACCCUCCAACUACAGCUACACGGUGGAGUUCUCAAGGGUCGGCAGUGACAGACAGAGGAAUCCGCACUGCAUUCGCAGCCUGGACACAGAGUGUGACCUCACCAACGACCUGAAUGACCUGAAGGCUUUCUACACGGCGGACGUUCUGUCUGAACCCCUGCCGGGUUCCAGCUCCGACCUGGUGGAGCUGCCGUUCACUCAGUCCAGGAAGUUCUGCCCUUACAGCGACACUCUUAUAGGAAAACCUGAGUUCACCAUCAACCUGGACGGGAAUAAAACCAUUAUGAUCCACAUUCGAGACCAGCUCACCGCUUUACACAAAGACGGAAAACCGCUGACCAUCAGGGACGUUUUCAGAGGGGAUCUGAAGUACAAGAUUUCCUACAACAAAGCCGGAAGCACCGGGAAGAAGGAGGAGAUUGUGGACGGUGAUGAGGUGGUGAUGAGUAAACUGGACAAAGGUCAGAGCUACUGCUUCAGCGUAGCGGCGUACAUACCGUCACGGAAAGGAGACAGAAAGCUGGGAAAAUGGAGCCUCCCCCAGUGUUCUCCAGCAGGGGACAGGAGCAUCAUAGAGGAGUACGGCCUGCUGACCGUCGGCACCGCCGUGCUGGUGGCGGUCACUGUGCUGGUGAUUGUGGUCAUCCUGACGGUGGCCUGCUGCUGCCGACGGACGCAGAAAGGGAAGCAGGUGGACGACAGCGAGGUCACCGCACAUGUUUAGGAGACUCGGACCGGACCAUCCAUGUUUCCAUGAAACGUUCACACUACAGGAUAUGUCAUACAUAUCUGACCUCAGUGACCUGUCCUGACCGCAGGGGGGACGGACACGAGGUCCAGUAACGAGGGUGUAGUAAAUAAAGGAAAGCUUAGACUUUUAUAAACGAAGAAAUCGGAAGCAGAUUUAAACGAUUUAAACGAUUUAAAUGAUUUUAUGAAUAUUUAUGUUUUGUUUGGAUGGAAGUUUUAAAGUGAGCUUAUUUAUUUAUUUAUAUUUGUAUAUUAGCUCUCACAUUUUUACUGGACAAGAUGUUUAUUUUCUUACAGAUCUUCAUGUUUUAUAAAUGGAUAUAAAGGCUCUUAUUAAAGUCUCGGUUUCAGUCA